CGGCUGGCUGGCAUCUUGAAGAAGAUCCACCCUCCUCCUCCUCCUCUCUCCUCCAUCCCUCCGUCCUCCUCCUGUCACUUUCUAUCUCUCCCUCUCGAUCUUCCUUCUCUCAAGCCCCAUCUCUCUUCUCCCCUUCCUGAAUCCCUGUUCGCUCUGCAUAUUUUCGUUACACGGUACAUAUUUUUCCUGGACGAAAUCUUGCGUUCCUUGCUGUUGUAGGAGACACAUUUUCAACUGCAAUCUUUGCUUCUGUCAAGAGACUCUAUCCUUCAAACCCUUCUUUCGUUGAUUCUUUCUUCGUUCCACUCUUGGCCGCCGGGUUCAAUUGAGCUGAAAAUGGCCUCAACGAGGUGAUCGGGAGUCCUGGCAAGGCGCUGCGACAUGUCAGGUGUGGAAGGGGAAGGCAGCGUGCUCACUGAGCACCAAGCCAUCUCCCAGGCAGUGGGGAUGCUCGGGGUCGAAAUGGACAACUCCAAGAGGGAGAUGGAGAGCGUACCGCUUAACGCAGACUGCUCUUCGAUCCUCUCAGCCGAUGACAGCAGCACUGCUGGGACAGAGCUGGGCUUCUCGACGAUGGAGUCCAGCAGGAGCUCAGGUUGUGCCGUGGUGAAGCUGGUGGCAGUGAUCGGGUUCCACCACAACAGGGGCCACACGGUGGAGUGGACAUACCCCCCGUCCCCGGGGGUGAACUUCAGGCACCUGGCGAUGCUCUGCCUGCCGGAAGGAGCGCACCAUGUGUCUGGGCUCGGGCACGUGUUCUUCACCGUGGAUCUUGCGCUGGAUGGGGAGGAGCAGUGCACGCAGUACUUCGGAGUAUCGGUCUUCGGGCACGUCAAGACGAGCGAGCUGCUGGAGAAGGAAGCGGACGACAAGAGGUCUCAUGUGCAGAAGGCCGUGGUGCUGCUGGCGAGAGAUCCCUGCUUCGGAUGGAUGCUGGGGGAGAUGAGGCCUGUGGUCCAGGACUUCUUCUCGCUCCGCGAUUUCUCCAAGAAGGACAUCCUGACCGAGCUCUACUUUCAGACCAGGCGGCAGCCCUCCGGCAAGUGGAUCGAGUCCAUGGAGUGCUCAGCCGGUCUCAACCCGCUCUCUCUUGUCCGCCGGUUUGGUAGAAACCUCGUCGUGCUGUACAAGCUCCUCCUCCUGGAGCCCAAGAUGAUUCUUUACGCCGACAACUGUGCAGAUGCCUCCUGCUUAGUCCUCUCGUUAGUCUCUCUCGUCCCCCGCCUGUUGCAGUCCCUGUCCCCCACGUUGCAAGUAGCCUCGUUCCUGUCGGAGAUCUCGGCAGAAGACAAGGUCUCGUUGGAGUCCAUAAGGUCCACCGCCUCGCAGGUUGAGGGCAGCCUGAGGGGCCUCAAAUUGUCUUCCCGCCUCGAAUCUCAAGAGAGCAGCGAGAGCAAGUCCUCGUCCGAUGCCUCUCUGGGCUCCUCCGGCUCGUCCCGUGCCAAUUUGCAAGAGUGCUUGUCCGCCAAGGCUCCGCUGGGCUUGCAGGUUGACAUCCCGAAGUCUGAGGACGAAGAUCUCUUCUCGAGCAGGGAGACGAGCAGGAUCCAUGGGCUUCCCCUCUGUGUGUUCCACAGGAACUGCCGCCUCGAGCCCUACAUCCCGAUGGAGCUGCUGAUGACCAGCUCGCACCAUAGUGAAGGAGGCUUCAUGGCUGGAAGCAGCAACAGGUUCCUGAUCAGCAAGCAGCUCUCGUCCUCCAAGGUUGACGUGGUGGCGAACGCCGAGACUGGGAAUGUUGCGAUUUAUUCAGAGGAGCUCAAGAAGGUAUCGCAACUGUCAGCCCACGAGCGCCAGUUUGCCGACGAGCUCACGGCCAAGGUGGAGCAGUUCUCAAAGUUGCUCGAGGAAGGGGAGGAAGGGGAAGAAGAGAACUCGCCGCGGGCCAUGGAGGAGGAGCUCUCGUUCUGGAUCCGGAAGCAGUUCCUAGUCUUCACUCUCCGCUUGCUUCAGGCUGCGUCAAGGAACGUGCAGUCGACCAUGUACAGAGUCGACUCGAUCCAGCGUGAGCUCGCAGAGAACGAGAUGCCUCGCAUCCAUGGCGGCGCCUGGACCGACGCCUGGAGAGAGACCAACAACUUCAACCGCUGGCUCGCCGAGCACGAGCACGUGAUCGCCUCCCACAGCAAGCCGCCCACGUCUCCUGCUGUCAUCGCUUUCAUGAAGGACGGCCUCAAGUCAAGUUUGUUGGAUUUUCGUCACAGCCUGCGGCAGUCGGUGGGGGCAAAGGGAGGGAUCAGGAGGGCGAUGAAGUCGAGGCUGAGCUCGGGUUUCAUGUCCAUGUUCUCUCACAGCGGAGGAAGCACUCCGACGGCGAGUCCCGAGAAGGGAGGGAGGCACGAUGAGGAGAGAAAAGCUCAGGGAAGUGGGCAAGAAGGCCUGCCGAGAGUCUGCUUGCUCGAAGCGUUUGGAUCGCUCGAAGACUUCACGAAGCACGAGGUGAAAGGAGACUGCGACUUAUCCUCCUGCUCUCCUGGAGAUUUCUCGCUGAUUCGAGGGCACUGUCAAUCUCUUCCUUCUAGUCGCUCUCAGAGUCCCUUCAGAAGCAUCAGCCAGUACUUGUAAAUAGCGGUAAAUAGACCAAGUUCCCUAUG